CACGGGAGGGCGGCGGCGGCGGCGGCACGCGCGGAGUGUAUUGUUCUGGGGCGGCCCGGAGGGGGGCUGCCUGGGCGCGCUUUCCCGCUCGCGCACACGCCCCCUUCCGCCCGAGGAACGGCCCCGGGGAGGCGAGCGCGGGUGAGGACGAGCGGGGCCCCCGCCUCAGCCGAGCUCCCUCCCUGGCGCGAGAGGCCUCCUGUGAGCCGUUGUGGCCCAGGCAGGCCCUCGCCCCGUGAAUUUUAACUUCUUAACUAGGUUUUCUAAAAAGAUAUUGUCACCGACUUCUGUUGUGUUUCGUGAGAGACCACGAAGGAGCCCCGGCAUCGUAAAGACAAUCGCCGCCCCGAUCUCGAGAUCUACAAGCCUGGCCUUUCGCGGCUGCGGAACAAACACGGCUUCUCAGCCAAGCAGGAGGAAGCCAAGGGUGGCAUGGCUGGGGACAGGGGGGCUCCUCUUGCUGCUGGCAGGGAGGAUCCCUCCACCCCUCAGGAGUUGCCCAGGGGAGGCAGCCAGCACCCAAAUGGCCUCUUGGAAAGCAAUGCAGAGGAAGGGCCCCCUCAAGGCCAGGGGAGCGCCCCUGAGGAUUGGUGUCCGCGCAUCAUCAGGCGAGCCAAGAAGCCUGACCAGCAGAUCUACCAGCCCGGGAAACGCCUGCAGAUCUCUUCCAAGGAGCCUGCUGCCCCCCAGCCAGCAACUGAGGAGCCCCCCGUGAAGGGGGAGCAGCAGGGCAGAGAGCCUGAAAGGAAUGCUGGGAAGGAUGUAGGCAUUGGCAGCAGGAAGCCCCUGGCCGAAGAGGGGCAGGAAGGGAGCCUGAGCAAAGGGGGGCCCAAGCCUGCCUGGGGGGAGAAGGGCAGGCGAGCUGAGCGGACGGAACGGUCCAGGAAAGGCGGUGACGAGGUGGCCCAUGGCAAGGUCAGCCCCCCAAAGCGCUACUCACGCUCCGAUAAGCGCCGCAACCGCUACCGCACCUGCAGCACCAGCUCGGCCGGGAGCAACAACAGCACCGACGGGGCACGCGGGGAGGCGGAAGCUGGGCGGAAGCGCCAGGAGCGGCCUCGCCCUCGGAAGCAGCUUUCUGCUUCCUCCACGGACUCCCUCGACGAUGACGGUGACAAGGCCGAGGAGGCUGAAGGACGUGGCCCUGGCAGGGAUGCGGAGGCCCGAAGGCGCCUGGAGCGUGGCUGGCUCUCCCGGAGCACCGAAGGGAGGAAGGCCAAGGGAGCCCAGGCGAGCAGACAGGCCGCUGCCAGCAGGGAGCUCUUGACAGCCAAGGCAGACUGGCGCAAGCGCAAGCCGUCGGAAGCCAGCUUGAGUGACUCUGCAGAGGCAGCUGGGGAGGGGAAGGGCACCGGCCGGGAGCCCCAGGGAAGAGGCCGUGGCAUCCUGGUUCUGCCGGCCAACACGGACCUCACUGCCAGCAGCGUGGGCUCUCCUGAGGCUCCCCACUCGGGGCCCAGGCUCCUCUUUGGUGGCGGGGGCAAAGGGGCCCGGGGAAGGGGCCGGGGGGGCACUGCCCGCCGGCUCUGGGACCCCAACAACCCCAACCAGAAGCCUGCGCUGAAGAGCCAGACUGCCCAGCUGCACUUCCUCGACACGGACGACGAGGCGGCUCCUGUGCCCAGCCGGGGGGGCGACGCCCGGCAGGCCCAAGCCUCCUACUACCGCUUCCAAAAUUCUGACAACCCCUACUACUACGGGCGGGCGGCGGGCCAGGCCCCCUCCUACCCCUACGCAGGGUACUCCGUGCCGUAUCCGGUCGGCGCCCUCAACGGGGUUUACCCUGCCGCCUCUUGGCCCGCCAGCUACCCAGGCCAGGCGGAUCCCUGCCUCUGCAGCCCCCUCCUGGCCGGGCCGCUCAGCCCCGAGAUGGAGCAGGAGGUGCGCAGCCUGCAGCAGCAAGAGCUCAGCAAGGUCCUCCGCGAAGCCAGCAACCUGGACCAGCAGCUGAGCAACCUCCUGUCCAGGGACCGGCUCAGUCCCGAGGGCCUCGAGCGGAUGGGCCAGCUCAGGGCGGAGAUGCUGCAGCUGUAUGAGUGCUGCCUCCUGAGCGACAUUGAGUUCGCCGACGCGCAGAACGUGGACCAGCUGCUGUGGAAGAACGCCUUCUACCAGGUGAUUGAGAAGUUCCGGCAGCUGCUCAAGGACCCGCUCGGGGAGAGCGCCCAAGAGAUCCGUGGCAAGCUGCUCCAGAUCCUGGAUGAGGGCAGCGUUUUCUUCGACAGUUUGCUACAAAAGCUGCAGGGGACGUACCAGUUCAAGCUGGAGGACUACAUGGACGGCAUGGCUGUUCGCAGCAAGCCUCUGCGGAAGGUGGUGAAAUAUGCCCUCAUCAGCGCGCAGAGGAGCCUGAUCUGCCAGGGAGACAUCUGCCGGUACCGAGAGCAGAGCAGUGACACGGCAAACUACGGGAAGGCACGCAGCUGGUACCUGAAGGCCCAGCACAUUGCCCCCAAGAAUGGACGCCCCUACAACCAGUUGGCUCUCUUGGCUGUUUACACGAGGAGGAAGCUGGACGCCGUCUACUACUACAUGCGCAGCCUGGCGGCCAGCAACCCCAUCCUGACCGCCAAGGAGAGCCUCAUGAGCCUCUUUGAGGAGACCAAGCGGAAGGCGGAGCAGGUGGAGCAGAAGAAGAGCCCCGGCCAGCGCUGCAAGGGCAAGAAGUCCGCCUUCCGGCCUUCUGGGGACGAUGCCACCCGCCUGGAGCUCUGGAUCCACCCCUCCCACCCCCGCUCCAGCCAGGGCCAUGAGUCCGGCCGGGAUUCGGAGCAGGACAGCGGGCUCGGGGGCCUCAGCCCCAGCGACCUGAACAAAAGGUUCGUCCUGAGUUUUCUGCAUGCCCAUGGGAAGCUGUUUACCAGGAUUGGGAUGGAGACGUUCCCGGCUGUGGCUGCCGACGUCCUGGGCGAGUUCCAGGUGCUGCUGGAACACAGCCCCUCGCCCAUCGGGAGCACCCGCAUGCUGCAGCUGAUGGCCAUCAACAUGUUUGCUGUCUACAACUCUCAGCCCAAAGAGUGCCUCUCCGAGGAGUGCCGUUCGGUGAUCCAGGAACAAGCCACAGCUCUGGGCCUCUCCAUGUUCUCCCUCCUGGUCAAGCGUUGCACCAGCCUGCUGCGAGACAUCUCUCCAGCAGCCCAGGCCCAAGAGGGCUCCGAGGACGACGACAUCAAAGUCUCCUCCUUGCCGCAGGAUCUGAAGGAGCUUCUCCCCAGCAUCAAGGUCUGGUCGGAUUGGAUGCUCGGCCACUCGGACACCUGGAACCCCCCGCCCAGCUCCCUGGAGCUGCCCCGACCGGUCUCGGUGGACGUGUGGGUAACGCUGGCCGACUUCUGCAACAUCCUGACGGCCGUGAACCAGUCGGAGGUGCCGCUAUACAAGGACCCGGAUGAGGACCUCGCCCUGCUCAGCCUGGAGGAAGAUCGGCUGCUCUCGGGUUUCGUCCCGCUGCUCGGUGCCCCUCAGGAGCCCUGCUACGUGGAGAAAUCCUCGGACAAGGUUAUUGCGGCCGACUGCAAGAGGGUCACGGUGUUGAAGUAUUUCCUGGAAGCCCUUUGUGGCCAAGAGGAGCCAUUGCUGGCAUUCAAGGGUGGAAAGUAUGUGUCAGUGGCCCCCGUCCCAGACGCCAUGGGAAAGGAAGCAGCGAGCCAAGAGGGAAAACAACUGGAUGAUCAGAAGGAGGACAACGUCAGGAUUGAGGCGUUUGAGGAUGACUCGGAGGCUGACGCCAGCGGCGGAGAGCUGGAUAUUAAGGAGCUGCGGGCGAAGAAGCAAGCCCUGACCAGGAAGGUGGCUGAGCAGCAACGUCGGCAGGAGAAAAUCCAGGCGGUGCUGAAGGACCAGGCCCAAGUGAGGCACAUGGAGCUGGAGAUCCGUCCCGUCUUCCUGGUGCCAGACACCAAUGGCUUCAUUGACCACCUGGGCAGCCUCAUCAAGCUUCUGGACUGCCGGCAGUUCAUCCUCGUGGUGCCCUUGAUCGUAAUAAACGAACUGGACGGGCUGGCCAAGGGCCCCGAGUCAGAGCAUCGCGUCGGGGGCUAUGCGCGCCUGUUGCAGGAGCGAGCCCGCAAGGCCGUCGAGUUCCUGGAGACACGCUUUGAGAAGCGCAACAGCUACAUGCGCGCCCUCACCAGCCGGGGCAACGAGUUGGAAUCCAUCUCCUUCCGUAGCGAGGACAUCUCCAGGCAGCAGGGAAACAACGACGACUUGAUCCUCUCCUGUUGUCUCCACUACUGCAAUGACAAAGCCAAGGACUUCAUGCCAGUCAGCAAAGAUGACCCGAUCCGGCUGCUCCGGGAGGUGGUGCUGCUGACGGACGACCGGAACCUACGUGUGAAGGCCUUGACCCGCAACGUGCCUGUGAGGGACAUCCCCACUUUCCUGAUGUGGGCCCAGGAAGGGUGAGCAGGCAGGCAUUGUCCCAGGAAGCCGUGCAGCUGUUGCCACCUGCAGGGGCGGCCUUGAGAUGGUGGCCGGAGGAGCCUAGUGCUAAGCUGCCGCCGUUGGCCCCGUUCCCAGCUGACCCACCAAUGAACAAUAAACACAGCGUCUCCAACCCCACCCGGAAUGGCCGUGCUGUGGGGGUGAGAGAGAAAGAGAGAGAGCUGGGGAGGCACGCUAGGGAGGUUGUUUCCGCAGAGGUUGUGGGGUAUAGAUUCCCCACCCCACCGUGGGCUCUUUGGACAGGGGAGGAAAGGCCAAUCAGAGAGGCCCCUUGGCAAGGUGGGGCAACGGGGAUCCUUUGUUUGGAAGUGUGUGGACUGUUUUUUUCUGGGCCCCAAUCCCCUCCCUCCUGCCCACAUUGUGCAGUUGUCAUCUCAGCCCCUUCUGCAACCGCCGGGUGCGUCUGGCCUCAGCCUGGCCUCCUGCCCCUUCACUUCCAUCCAGAGUCGUUCCCAGGCGUUUCACCCGCCAUCCUCGCCUUUUGCAGCCCUGGAACUCACAGGGGCCUUACACACACACACACACUUCAGCACUUGCCAGUUUCGUCCCCCAACGCAACACAAGCUAGCUACUUGUGAGACACUCUCGCUGGCGUGCUUUAGAGAGGGAGGCCGCAGCUCUGGGCUUGGGAACAACAGGUACCUUUUGGCAUUGGGAGCGGGGGGGGGGGAAGAGAGAAGCAGGUGCCCUCAUGAGGGAGAUUGGCGGGCACAGAGACUCCCGACAAAGGGAGGAAGUUCCUUGGAGUUGACGCGCAGAACUGCUGUUGCAAAGAAGCGCCGAAGAGUCCCCUCUGGAGCCUGUAUUGACACUGUGGGGGGGAGGACUGGGGGGGGGAAGCCAGCUGUCUUGUGUGUCCUCCCCCCCCCCGGGGAGGAGCCAGAGUGCAUCUGAAGAAGGGGUCGAUGCAACAGCAUUGUUGCCCAUCCCCAGAGCCUUUGGGCUUGAGUGGGAGGAGGGCAGAAUUGGGAACAAAACAGAACAACACCCGCCUUAGAUAAUGGACUUCUCUUGUGUGAGGAGGAGACUUUGUAGGCAAGUCAUCCCACUUUUGCUUCUGGGGGGAGUUUGUUCCACAUGGGUUGGGACAGAACCCCACCCCUUGCCUUUGUCCGCUGGCCCAGAGGAGGGGGACGGCCUCUUAUGGCUUUGCCAGCCUACGCCUGGCACUGUCGGCCACCUGCUCGCAAGAGAUAGGCGUGGAUCCAGCCCCCUGGAGUGGGGAGAGCUAGCCAGCAUGGUCCCCUCCCACAAGGAGGGCUCCCUCCCCCGCUUUAGUUCUGCUUUUUGCCUGCCUGGGUUUGAUGGAGGGCUUGUGACCAUUUUUGUUCCUUUUGGUUUUCUUAAUAAAUUUUUAGUAGGGAA